AAAACAAUUCUCUAACGACCACAGUAAUAAUCAUCCCUCUGAUCAAACUCUAAACCAUCAUUUUACAAUUAUCCAUGAACGCUUCUACUCAUAUCGGCUCAACAAACGGCGCGGCUCCGCUGCCGGUCCUACCCGCCGCCUCCGGCGGAACGCUGGGCGGCUACCUGGCUCGGCGACUUGUCGAAAUCGGAGCCCAUGAUGUCUUUUCCGUUCCCGGCGACUUCAACUUAACGCUUCUCGAUCACCUGGUCGCCGAGCCCGGCCUCAACCUCAUCGGCUGCUGCAACGAGCUCAACGCCGGUUAUGCUGCUGACGGCUACGCACGCGCCAGGGGGGUUGGAGCGUGCGUCGUUACGUUCACUGUCGGCGGGCUCAGUGUGCUGAACGCGAUCGCCGGUGCGUGCAGCGAGAACUUGCCGGUCAUCUGCAUAGUAGGUGGGCCGAACUCCAACGAUUACGGCACGAACCGGAUCCUCCACCACACGAUCGGGUUGCCCGAUUUUACUCAGGAGCUUCGGUGCUUCCAAACCGUCACAUGUCAUCAGGCAGUGGUGAACAAUUUGGAAGAUGCACAUGAGCAGAUAGACACAGCAAUCUCAACAGCAUUGAAAGAAAGCAAGCCUGUAUACAUAAGCAUAAGCUGCAACCUGCCUGCAAUUCCUCAUCCCACAUUUUCCAGAGAGCCGGUCCCCUUCUUCCUUGCACCGAAAGUAAGCAACCAAUGUGGGUUGGAGGCAGCAGUUGAAGCCACCGCUGCUUUCCUCAACAAGGCUGUGAAACCUGUGAUUGUCGGUGGCCCCAAGUUGAGAGUAGCGAAAGCACAGCAGGCCUUUAUGGAGUUUGCAGAUGCUAGCGGGUACCCGAUCACUGUAAUGCCCUCUGGUAAGGGUUUGGUGCCCGAGCACCACCCGCAUUUCAUUGGGACUUAUUGGGGUGCUGUGAGCACCACCUUCUGCGGUGAGAUUGUGGAGUCUGCUGAUGCUUAUGUUUUUGUUGGACCCAUUUUCAAUGAUUAUAGCUCUGUGGGGUAUUCCUUGUUGAUCAAGAAGGAGAAAGCGAUUGUUGUGCAGCCAAAUCGUGUGACAAUUGGGGAUGGUCCGUCCUUUGGCUGGGUUUUCAUGGCGGACUUCUUGAGUGCAUUGGCCAAGAAGCUAAAGAAAAACAGUACAGCUGUUGAGAAUUACCAUCGUAUCUUUGUUCCCCAUGGCAUCCCUCUGAAGAGUGAGAAGGAUGAGCCUCUGAGGGUCAAUAUUCUUUUUAAGCACAUUCAGGAGAUUAUCAGUGGAGACUCUGCGAUAAUUGCUGAAACUGGAGACUCAUGGUUCAAUUGUCAGAAGCUCCGACUGCCUGAGAAUUGUGGGUAUGAAUUUCAGAUGCAAUAUGGAUCAAUUGGAUGGUCGGUGGGCGCCACUCUUGGCUAUGCUCAGGGUGCCAAAGAUAAACGUGUGAUCGCUUGCAUUGGUGAUGGGAGUUUCCAGGUAACCGCACAGGACAUUUCGACAAUGAUCCGAUGUGGACAAAACACCAUUAUAUUUCUUAUCAACAACGGAGGCUACACAAUUGAAGUAGAGAUUCACGAUGGUCCAUACAAUGUGAUUAAGAACUGGGAUUACACCGGCCUUGUCGAUGCCAUCCACAAUGGCGAAGGCAAAUGCUGGACUACCAAGGUACGUACAGAGGAGGAUUUAACAGAAGCAAUUGCGAAGGCAACAGGGGAGCACAAGGAUAGUCUAUGCUUUAUUGAAGUGUUUGUGCACAAGGAUGACACUAGCAAAGAGCUGCUGGAAUGGGGAUCCCGAGUUUCGGCCGCCAACAGCCGACCUCCAAAUCCUCAGUAAACAGAUCGCAGUCGAAAGAAUCAAAACGGAAGAUCUAAACCGGAGAGUUAGAAAAUUUGAAAGCAAUGUACUUUGUUGUAAAUUUUGCUUGCUGUAUUAAAUAAGAGCUAUUGAAAUAAUAGAAGCAAUGUAUUUGCUUGUUGUGUAAUGUAUUCUCACCCAACCGGAAUAAUUGCAAUAAGUUCUGUGAUUUCAUUCCA